CCUUUCUCCUACCUCCCUUCCCCGGCCUAGACGAUGCCGUGGUGGAGACAGCGGAGGAGGCCACGGAGCCCGCCGAGGCGGACAUCACGGGGCUGUGCCAGGACAUGUUCUCCAAAAUGGCCACGUACCUGACGGGCGAGCUCACAGCUACCAGUGAAGACUAUAAACUUCUGGAAAAUAUGAACAAACUGACUAGCUUGAAGUAUCUAGAAAUGAAAGAUAUUGCAGUAAACAUAAGUAGAAACCUAAAGGACUUAAACCAGAAAUAUGCAGCACUUCAGCCUUAUCUGGAUCAGAUCACUCUAAUUGAGGAGCAAGUAGCAGCUCUUGAGCAGGCAGCUUACAAAUUGGAUGCAUAUUCAAAGAAACUAGAAGCAAAGUACAAGAAGUUAGAGAGGCGAUGA